AUGGCAACCCAUUGUCGUUUACCGGUAACUUGUGAAUGUGGUAAAACAGUACAAAAAAGAAAUUAUGCUCAACAUUGUUCAAGUAAAUAUCAUAUGUCAUAUAUUACAAAACAACAACAAUUAAAUGAAAAAAAUAAUUUAUCAUCAAUUGAUUUAGAAUUUGAUAUAGCAUGUUAUUUACGUCAAAGUAAUUUACGUAAAAAUCAAACAAAUAUUCAAAUGAUUGUUCAAAAAUAUCAAAAUAAAGAUCCAUAUACAAAAACUCAACUUGAAUUUUUAAAGAAUGAUUCUAUUCCAGCCAAUUUUCAUAUUGAUCAUAUUCAUGAAGCACAAAUUCUUGCAUGUGCUAUUAAACAUACACCAGAACUAAAGCCUCAUAAUGGUAACAUACUUGCAUUAAGUCCAUUACGAUGUAUAUUUAAUAAUGUACCCAAUUUAGCGAUAACAGCAGCAUCUAUAAAUCUAUCAAAAGGUCAAGCAAUUCGAUAUUUUCUUAGUCAUUAUGAAACUAACAGGGACAUCUCACUUUUGGCUGCAUUUAUUCAGACAUCUUCUGGAAAAGAAAGGUCAAUAGCGCAUUUGGCAAUGAAUAUUGUUGAUUUAAUAAAAGAAACAAGUUCUAAUAUGAGUGAAUCGAUACGAGAAAUUCGACUGGAACAUGGACGUGUAACCGGUGCAUAUCACUAUGACAUUGUCGCUGAGCAAUUCGAUACAAUUAUCGAUCGAAUGAAAUUAGAUUGGAAUGAAAAUAUCAAGCUUCGGAGUGGAAAAAUUUAUCAAGCAUGUAAAUGA